GAGAGGAGGGGGCUGGCCCCGCCAAGGCCUCCCCUCCUGCUGCCAGUGCCUGACAUGCCGCUUAGACCUGACCUCCUCUGGGCCCGGCAGGGCUGUGCCCUGCUCAGCUUGGGGGGACUAGUGGCAGCCACCAGAGCAAGGGCCUGGAAGAGCGGGGCUCACAGUGGGUUUGGGGCCAGAGCGGGUGAGAGCAGGAGCUCCAUGCUGCCAACGAGGGCUGGGGAGCUCCGAGUGAGUGCUGUCUUGGAGGAGCCUCCAGAACGAGGCCCGGAGAGGCGAGGGAAGGCCUCCUGCCCAGACGCUGCCCAGGCCAAUCCGCAGAGUCCCAGCCGGGGCUUUGCCCCUUGGUGGCAGCAGUCCCGACCCCAGGAGCGGGGCUCCUCCCUUCCUCCACCCCCACCGUCCAGCCCCAGCCUUGGCCAAAUGCAAAGUUACUUUUCACGUUGGCAAGACUGUCCGAGCCGAUCCUUCACAAACUGCUGCACUUCAGGAAGCAAACACGAGUAUUUUUGUACUGUCGGUGUUUUGAGCUGUCCCUCUUUGUCCGAAGAUGAGUCCCAGUGUGAAAAUGAGUCAACCCUCUACCUGGAUGAGACCCGCAGGGUGGGGGCGGUCAGCGCAGACACCCUGGAGAAGCUGGUGGAGGGUCUGUGCCUGCCUUCCAGGGCAGCGACCUCUCCUAUGUCACCCUCUUCCUGUGCACCUGCCGAGCCUUCGCUGCCACCCAGUAGGCCCCAGACCUGCUGUUCAAAAGUGCCAUCUCCUCCAUCCUGGGCACCUGGCUGGACCAGUACCCAGAGGACUUCUGUCAGCUCCGGGACUUUCCCUGCCUCAAGACGCUGGUGGCCUACGUGCAGCUCAACGUGCCUGGCUCUGAUUUGGAGCGCCGUGCCCACCUUCUCCUGGCCCAGCUGGAGGACCUGGAGCCCACUGAGGCAGAGUCCAGAGCUUCAUUGCCGUCUCAGGAUCCAGCGGUGGCUCCAGCCCCAGCGCUUGCACAAUCUGAAGAUGCAGAUUCAGCUGCUGAAGCAGCGACAGAACUAAAGCCACAUCCUGAGCUGGAAGCAUUUCCGUCAGUAGCUGUAGAGCCACCUCCAGCAGCAGCACCAGGGCCGGGGCCAACACCACCACCAGCUCCAGCAGCAACUCUGCAUCCAGGGCCAGCUUCUGCAGCAGCUCCAGGAGAGCCAGAGCCAGGGCAGGAUCCGCCAACUGUGCAGCUAGAGCCAGCCCUGCCGCUGCUCCUGCAGGAGAGCCGGAGCCAGCUCAGGACUCACCGUCCCCGCAGGGAGAGCCAGC